AUGACACAAUUAUUGCAGUCUUCUUCAACAAGAAAGAAGCCAAGAAUGAUGACUCAAGCUCCAAACGGCAGAAUUCAGAAUGGUCAUGAUAAUGAGAUUGAAUCUGACGCAUCAUCUGGUUCAGAAUCUGGAUCUGAGUCUGAGUCUGAAGAAGAUUCUGAAGAUGAAGAUGAAGAUGAUGAAGAUGAAGAUGACCCUAAUUCAAGCUCGGCACCAGCCCAAGCAGGUGUUAUUGAAAAAUUAUCCUUGAAAAAUUUUAUGUGUCACGAUUCAUUUGAAUUAGAGUUGGGGCCACAACUUAAUUUUAUCAUUGGGAGAAAUGGGUCUGGUAAGAGUGCAGUUUUAACUGGUAUUUCUGUGGGAUUGGGAGCUAAAGCAACUGAUACUAAUAGAGGUAGUUCAAUUAAGGAUUUGAUCAAGGAUGGAAAGUCCGUUUCUAGAAUCACGAUUGUAUUUAAAAAUGAAGGUCCUGAUGCUUAUAAACCUAAUGUGUAUGGAAAUAAAAUCAUUGUGGAGAGAAAGUUACAAAGACAAGGUGGUAAUUCAUAUUCCUUAAAAACAUCUAAUGGUAAGACUGUUUCACAUAAGAAGAGUGAUUUGGAUGAGAUGCUUUAUAAAUUUUCCAUCACAGUUGAUAACCCACUUGCGUUUUUAUCACAAGAUAAAGCUAGAGAGUUUUUAACCUCCUCCAGUGACAAAGACAAAUAUGAAUUUUUCAUGGAUGGUGCAUUUAUUACCGAUAUUCUCAACAAUUAUAGUGAAUCUGCUAAUAGUGUUCAAGAAUUAGAAGGUAAAAUUCAGAAUGCAGCUGCGAUUGCACUAAAGGCAAAAAAGGAAUAUAAAGCAAUUGUAAAGAUCCACAAUCGUCACAGAACAAACGAUGCGUUGAGAAAUAGAUUGCAAGUUUUGAGUGCAAAAAUUCAUUGGUUUAAUGUUGUCAGUAUUGAAAGAGUGAUUAAGAGAAAGGAAAAAGAGGUUGCAAUCCUUCAACAGAAGGUACAAGAAUUCCAGAAUCAACUUGAAGAAUGUGAUGCAAAUACAACUGCUUUGCUUCCCAAAAGAGAAUCACUUGUUGAAGAAUUGCACCAAGAAGAAGCAAAAUUGACAGAGAAAUCCACCGAGCUUGAUACUCUACGAGCAAAACGUUCCGAAUUGAAAUCAGAAUUAGAUGUGAAUAAAGCUGAAACACAAAAGAAUAUUGGGGAAAUCAAAAAUUUAGAGAACGAAAUCAAAAAUACCGAAAAGCUGAUUAGAAUAGAACAAAGAAAAAUUGAUGAACUUCAAGGUGGAAGCAGAGAAACUUUGAAUGAAAACUUGGAAAAUGUUAAAAAAGAAAUUAACGAAACUGAAAAUAGAAGAACUCAAUUGAAGCUCCAAUACAAUGAGCUCAAAGACAGACGCGAUCCUGAAGUGAUUGCUCUCACUAGAGAGUAUGACGAUUCAAACUCUAGAUUGAAGGACUUGGACCAACAAAAAAGUGCAUUACAAAUGGAAAGCUCUUCACAGUAUGCGCCUUGGGGAAACAAAAUGCACGAAUUGGUAAGAGCUAUAAAGAGCCGUACUGAUUGGAAUAGUGAACCAAUAGGUCCAGCAGGUAGUUAUGUCCAGGUGAAAUCUGAAUUCACAGAAUGGAAACCUUUGUUGUCCACGGUCUUGGGUAAAUCCUUGGAUGCAUUUAUUGUCACUAAUGAAUCAGAUAGAUACAGAUUAGACCAAAUGCUUAAAAGAUAUGGUGUUCGUGCCAAUAUUUUUGUUAGACGUACAGAACGAUUGAAUUAUGAAGCUGGUAAAGCUGAUCCAAGCUGUAAAUCUGUGCUUGAUAUGUUACACGUUCAAUCUGAUACUGUUUUGUAUACAUUGAUUGAUAGUAACUCCAUUGAAAAAACCGUCAUAUCUCACUCCACCAAAGAUGCAAGAGAGGCUUGUAAAAAGAGAAACGUAUUCCAAAGUUUGGUUCUUUUUAGGAAGGAUUCGGGUCAUAGAAUCAGUUUUCAAAACAAUACUUUCCGUCAGGAUCCAGUUUAUUAUGCAACUACUAUGGCUAAAUUUGGUGCUGCUAGUAAAGCUUCCUUAAUUGCUGAUUUACAACGUCAAAUUGAUGAAGAGAAUACAAAUUUCAAAGAUUUGGAUAGAAAAUUAAGAGGAUUGAAAAUGAAAAGUGAAGCAAAGAAGGAACACCUAAUUUCACAAAUGCGUGAAAUAACCGAAACAUUGGAAAGAUUGAAGAGAGCUAGAAGUGACUUGGAAGAUCAAUUAGAUAAAGAAGUGGACUAUUCUAGAAUCAGUUCAUGGCAAACUCGUAUUGAAGAAAAUAAGAAUCAAAUUGCAAGAUUAACGGCGUUGAAUGAAUCAUUAAUUGAGAAUCUUAAAACCAUCGACGAAAAGCGUAGUUCAACGAAUGAAAAAAUUGCCGAAUGUAAAGAAGGGUACAAAAGUAUUGAUGCUGUUCGAGCUAAAAUAAAGAGAAAAUUAAUCAAUGUUGAGUAUGAGAUAGAAAAGAUCAAAGAAACCAAGAAUAAUAUUUUGUAUGAUCGAACAAAUAUGAAGGAGCAAAUAAAAGCAGCAGAAGCAGUAUGUAAAGAUGGUCAUGAAAAAUUAGCAAGUGCAAUAACAGCAGCAGAAGAAUACUGUUCUCGAGAUGAAGUUACUAUCUCCCCUCAAGACACUCUGGAGUCGAUUACCAGAGAUUUCCAAGAAACUUCACAUGAGUUAGAAAAGGCCGAACAAGAAAUUGGAAGUUCGCUUGAAGAAGUUUUAGUACAAGUAGAAAAGGCAAAACAAGAAAGUGAUAAAGCUGAAGAGGUAUUGGCUAUGGUAACUUCAACAGCAAGAAAUUUGAGUAGUGAGAUGAAUAUUAGAUUGCGUUUUUUGAAUACAACUAUCCGUUCAUCUAUUGGUGAUGCACAACGAACAUUUGAAAAGGCCAUGCAAUUGAGAGGUUUCCAAGGGACAUUGAAGUUUGAUUUCAAUGAAAAGACAUUAAAAUUGCAAGUUAACACUGGUAAUGAAUCAGGAAAACGUACUGUGGAAUCUUUAUCUGGUGGUGAAAAGUCGUUCUCUCAAAUUUCGUUGUUGUUGUCUAUUUGGAAGGUCAUGAAUUCCCGUAUUAGAGGUUUGGAUGAAUUUGAUGUUUAUAUGGAUUCUGUUAACCGUUCAAUUAGUAUAAAGUUGUUGUUGAAAGAAUUAAAGAGAUAUCCAAAAUCACAAAACAUAUUCAUUACUCCACAAGAUAUCGCAGUUGUUGGUGAAUUAGACGACAAGGGUGUCAAAAUCCAUAGAAUGACAGACCCAAGAAAAGAUUAG